CGUCCGGGAGCGCAGAGAAGCUCCGGUUCAUCUCGGUUCCGCGUUCCUCGUGCUCUGUGAGCUCGCGGCUCGACCGGGGCGGAUCGCGGAUCGCCGAGUGCGAACCCUUCCCUCCUCGGGAAAAAGGGUCCGGUGGGAAGCCCACGUUCGGCGCUGCAGGAUCUGCGCAGCGUCCACGCCCCUCUGGAUCGCGCUUUCGGGUUUCUUCACCAAGCGCAACAAUGUACCGCUGCCCCGCGAGCGGAAGGAGCGCGUGAAAUGCCACGAUCUCCAUGGCAAAGGGGACAGGAGGACGCGCAGAUCGGACACACGCAGCGGAGCAGCCUCUUGUUAAGGCAUGACGGCGACCGGAUUCUCUGGAGCUGGACGCAGCAUGCGGACCCUGGAGCCCCUGGGUACGGCGCAGCCCUCGCCCUUCUGCCAGCGACUUCGCCGCUUCAGCUUCCGCACCAGGAAGAAAGGUGACGGCGUGAUCCGAGGGAAGCUGCGCAUCAGAUCCCUGCCGGGGGCGUUCCUCAUCCUGGGCGUUCUGGUAGUGGUGGUGGGCACCGCGGUGGCGGUGGCCGGAUACUGGCCCUACCGUGCCCACCGGCUCAGCCAGGCUUCCGUGGACGGCGCGAGGCUCAACGGCUCUCACGCGGCAGCCGGGAAGGGCCCGGGGGUGCGCUCCAUCCUGUCCACCACGGGCUUUGUUCACAGCGACCGCAUGAAGCUACUGGGCCCCAUCGUUAUGGGGGUCGGGCUCUUCAUUUUCAUCUGCGCCAACACCAUGCUGUACGAGAACCGCGACCGCGAGACUCAGCUGCUGCUGGCGCAGGCUGCCGCGGUGAGCGCCGCGCCGUCCGACAACGGGCCGCCCCUUCCGGAUGGAACCCUGACCCAGCAUCCCAGGUGGCCCAGCGCCCUCGCGUCCACAGAGCUCAACAUCUGCUGCUUGGAGGACCCGGCCGAUGCGCAGUCCCUGCCGCUGCAGAGGAGUCUCGGAGGGUGCUGCUGGGCUGCGGACGGCCACCUGCCGCCCACCCUGCUCACAAAGGUCCUGCACCACCAGGAGACCUCCUCUCCCGCGGCGUCUUUACGCUCCGUCCACUCGGACUCGUGCAACUCCAGCCUGGUCAACGUGAACGUGCUGGGCGGCUCGCCCCCUGCGGCGCGCCGGGCGGUCUCCAGCAUGGACGCCUUGCCUCUGCCCCUCAUUAAGCUGAACAACUGCUUGAUGGAUACGUCAAACGACGCAGCCGGGGGCGACGGAUGGGGCGCCGCGGUCCUCCCUCGGCGCGCCUACAGCCUUAGCAGCAGGACUAGACCCUACAAGCCCCAGGCGACGUCGCGCCACGGUGCCACCUCCCGCAGACCCCCGGAGCCGGCGGACAGGCCCGUUCCGGUUCCCGAGCCGCUCCGGAAGGGGUUCAGCUCCGACGUGUGCCUCAGCGCGGUGGGUCUGGCCUCCGGAGGGACGAUGCCGGGCGAAGAGGACGCCGAGCAGCGGCGGAAGCAUCGCAGCUGGCCCCGGCUGGACCUCGGCGGUUCCCGGAGGUACCAAAGGCUGGAGGACACGGAGGACUCCCGGGACAGGCUGCUGGACAAACUGGGAGAGCAGUACUCUCAGCUGCAGCAGGGCGCUGGCGCAGGGCAUCUUGGGUAGCGUGAGGCGACGGAUGGGAAAAGCCCCCGAACCGUCACCGCCUUGACCUUCAGGAGAAAGAGGGACGUGCGGACGAGUGACUCCAGCCCUCGGCGGACGUGCGGCACACAGCGCUCCCUUCCUCUGAUGGGGAUCUACAAAUGGUAACUUGGUCUCCCAGUGAAAUGUUCCAGUAGUUUCAGCUGCGAUGUAAUCUACCGGAGUACACAGAGUACAUUUUAACUACAUGGUUCAUUCGCUGUCAAAUGUCGCAGGAACCGGGAGUCCAGGAGUUCCGAUAACUUUUAACCAGCUCGGGCAACAUGAGCGUCAUCAGAUGAUGUAAGGAUCUUGGUGUGUGUGUGUGUGUGUGUGUGUGUGUGUUUUUAAAGAUAUGCAGUACAUACAUAUAUUUUUGUCUCAUAACAUAGAUGGACUUCGGAGAACUUUUUUGUUGCACUUUUUAUUUGAAGCAUUUGCAGCGUUGGGUUAUUAUACGGAAACUUGCGGACACCGAUAAACCCUGACGGCCACCCGGGUAACGGUCUGUCUUCCGGAACGCGGCUGCGUCGUUGAUGGAAAAUGUUUUUCUGAGAUUAAUCAAGAGAAAAGUGAUGGUUUUUCAAGAAGCCAUUCUGGGAGCAAAGCUCCACCUGCCAUGUUUACAUCUUUGUUUUCGUUUAUUCUGCCCAGCUGUUGUGCGUGUGAUAGUUUGUGCUCUUACACAGUAUACGCAGAGCAAUAUGUCAACGUUGAUCUGACCCUUGGAUGCUGCGUGAGGCUGGUCAAACCACAGUAUGAAACCCUGAGAUGCUCCUGUUAAUAAAGAAACCAAAACCUUGUGCUGCAGCCUGUCAUUGAUUGACGCGUGGGGUCCGUGCGCCACGUUGAACCACGUAGCACCGGCGUCUCGGUCCCACCGGGACGCGUCUCCACAGCGAAAAUGUCGUGUU